GAAUGAUGAUGCUGUGAAUCAACUUUUCUGAAGAAAUGUUGUCCCCACGUGAUCCGACGGUUCUUCCCGGGAAGCCAAAUUUUGCAGCAAGUUAUAGCAAAUUCACCGCUUACUUCGUUCCGAAAGCGGUCCAAAGACACUAACACAAGUGACCUUGUCCAUAGGAUGCAAGGUAGCCACGAUGCGCGAUGCUCAACACGUGUAGGCUGUGCAAACAUGCAGUAUCGAAUAUGCAGCCCGUGCUGGUCGGAUGACUGUCUUAUAGACGGGCGGUCGAUUACCAGUUGGCUUCCAAGAGACCCCAACAAUCACGAUGGAACGACCAAGGUUCAGAAGAUCAAGACGAAUGAGAAAUACCGAAGACCAACCACGGCGAACUGCUGUCCCACCGCGAGGACGGCCUACUCCAACCCACCCCAAAGAGACAAACGUAAUACGAUUGCCUGAAGGAAGUGGCUUGGGGAGAUUUACCCUGGAUGUUGGAGGUCCUCUUAAUGCGGUGACGAGUGUCUGUUGGUCGAGAAACGGAGAACAAAUGUUCUCAGGUUCUCGAGAUGGAACGAUCCGGGUUUGGUCGUCAGGGACCGGAGCCCAAGUCGCUCUCCUUCAGGGACACACCAACACGGUUCACGCCAUCGCAAUAUCUUUUGAUGGGCGCUUCAUUGCGAGCGCAUCCUCUGAUUGUACUGUUCGCCUGUGGAGCGUGCGCACUUAUGAAGCAGUCAGCCCGCCCUUCGAGCAUGCCGACGAACUCUAUUGCGUCACAUUCUCCCCUGACCGUAAGCGCGUCGCAUGUGGCGGGAAAGAUACCAAGGUGUAUUUGUGGGAUAUAGAGCCAUACACUAAACCAGAAGCUGGUAUCACGGGUAGCUGUGAACCAGCUCUGGAAUUGCCGCUGGCACCCUCAGAUGAAGAUGUCCUUAACGAACUUUUGAUACAGGAGGUAGGGAAACAUAUUGCUUAUGCUUUCAAUACUCAUAACCAGCUGCAGGUCGCUGGCUUCCUUCCCCCGUUGGCGCUCCAGAAUGGAGUUCCAUCCGAUCUGAAUGUUCCCUCAGCGUUUACUGAGAAUUGGCCCAGCAACGAGAUUAACAAUACUCCUGAAGACUCGGACCAACCAGAGGAGUCUCCUGAAGUCCUUCCUAGCCCGAUACCUCCCUCAUCCUCAUCCAAGCGUCGUUUCUUGGAUAGACUACCACUAUUUCGUCGUCGAAACGAUGCCGAUAAUUGUGGUGCCGCGAAUUCGUAGGUAUAUCUGCCGCAUCACAUGAGUAAUCAUUCAUGAUUUCCAGGGUCCUGGCGAAAGGAUGAUGAUAUCUGAAUAUAUUCUUCGUUUCUGAUAUAUCCCAUAGAGAUUGUGUGACUCACAAACAGACCAAGUUGCAUUAACAAUAUCGUUCGACUGCAACCUC